CCCAGGGCGACAGUUCCCAGAGUCUGGUGGAGAGACACACAGCCUCCCCGCCUCGCUGGCCCAGGCUUAAAGGCGAAGCCACCAGGGCCCCUUCCCCUCCUCAGCCUCCCUCCAGGGUCCCUUUAAGACAGGGCCGGUCCUCUCCUCUCCGAGUUAACUCCUCGAAGUCCCGGUGGCCCCCCUGGGCUCCCAGCCCGGAGGGUGGAGGCAGGGGGCGCCAGGGGCGGGGAAAGAGCUGCCGCGGUCCGGGAGGGAGAGGAGGAGGCCCGGGAGCGGGGAAGGCGGCCACCGAGUGGAGCCGGCAAGGAGCCCUCCCCGUGCCAGGCAGACAGUGCCAAAGCCGGGGAGCCUGGAGCUGGGGGGAGGGCCGGGACCGCCCGGCCCUGCCCCCUCCCCCGCCGUGUGCCCAGCAACUUCUGAGGAAAGUUUGGCAGAGAUCGUGUGGUGCCCCGAGGAUGGGCAGGGUCCCAUUGGCCUGGUGGCUGGCGCUGUGCUGCUGGGGGUGCGUGGCCCCGGAGGGUUCACAGACUCAGACAGAUCCCUUUGUGGAAAGCCCAAGGAACAUCACUGGUGCCCGGGAACUCAUGAGGACCCUUCAAUGUGAGCUUCUGGUUCGUGGGGAACCCCCUGAGGUGACCUGGCUUCGAGAUGGACAGGCCCUAGAGCUGGCGGACAGCACCCAGAUCCAGGUGCCUCUGGGCGAAGAUGAACAGGACGAGUGGAAAGUGGUCAGCCAGCUCAGGAUCUCAUCCCUGCAGCUCUCAGACGUGGGAUGGUACCAGUGUGCAGUGGUCCUCGGAGGAAGGACCUUCGAGUCCCAGCCUGGCUACAUCGGGCUGGAGGGCUUGCCCUACUUCCUGGAGGAGCCCGAGGACAGGACCGUUGCUGCCAAUACCCCCUUCAACCUGAGCUGCCGAGCACAGGGUCCCCCAGAGCCUGUGGACCUACUCUGGCUCCAGGAUGCUGUCCCCCUGGCUCCGACCACAGGCCACACCCCCCAGCACAUACUUCAUGUUCCAGGUCUGAACAAGACAUCUUCUUUCUCCUGUGAGGCCUAUAACGCCAAGGGGGUCACCACAUCCCGAACGGCCAUCAUCACAGUGCUCCCACAGCGGCCCCACGACCUCCACUUGGUUUCCAGCCGGCCCACAGAGCUGGAAGUGGCUUGGACCCCAGGCCUGAGCGGCAUCUACCCCCUCACCCACUGCAUCCUGCAGGCUAUGCUGUCAGACGAUGGGGCGGGCAUCAGGCUGGGAGAGCCAGACCCCCCAGAGGAGCCCCUCACCUUUCAAGCAUCCAUUCCCCCUCACCAACUAUGUUUGGACAGCCUCCGUCCUCACAGCACUUAUCACAUCCGGCUGGCGUGUGCCAGUAGCCAGGGCCCCUCGCUCUGGACCCAUUGGCUUCCUGUGGAGACACCUGAGGGAGUGCCCCUGGGCCCCCCCGAGAACGUUAGUGCCAUGCGGAAUGGGAGCCAAGCCAUCGUGCGUUGGCAGGAGCCAGUGGCACCCCUACAGGGCACCCUGUUAGGGUACCGCCUGGCCUAUCGAGGCCAGGACACCCCCGAGGUACUGAUGGACAUAGGGCUAAAGCAGGAGGUGACCCUGGAGCUGCGGGAGGACAGGAUUGUGCCCAACCUGACAGUGUCCUUGGCGGCCUACACCGCCUCUGGGGAUGGACCCUGGAGCCUCCCUGUGUCCCUGGAGCCUUGGCGCCCAGGGCAAGGACAGCCAGUGCACCAGCUGGGGAGAUGGUCCCAGGGCCUCAGCCAUGACCUGUCCCCCGUGCCCCUGACAGUGAGUGAAACUCCAGCCCUUUCCUUCUCGUGGCCCUGGUGGUAUGUACUGCUGGGAGUAGUUGUGGCUGCUGCCUGUGUCUUCAUCUUGGCCUUGUUCCUCAUCCACCGGCGGAAGAAGGAGACACGCUAUGGAGAGGUGUUUGAACCAACAGUGGAGAGGGGUGAGCUGGUGGUCAGGUACCGCGUUCGCAAGUCCUACAGUCGCCGGACCACUGAAGCCACCUUGAACAGCCUGGGUAUCAGCGAGGAGCUGAAGGAGAAGCUGCGGGACGUGAUGGUGGACCGGCACAAGGUGGCCCUGGGGAAGACCUUGGGAGAAGGAGAGUUUGGAGCUGUGAUGGAGGGCCAGCUCAAUCAGGAUGACUCCAUCCUCAAGGUGGCUGUGAAGACGAUGAAGAUUGCCAUCUGCACAAGGUCAGAGCUGGAGGAUUUCCUGAGUGAAGCUGUCUGCAUGAAGGAAUUUGACCACCCAAAUGUCAUGAGGCUCAUCGGUGUCUGUUUCCAGGGUUCUGAACUAGAAGGCUUUCCAGCACCUGUGGUCAUCUUACCUUUCAUGAAACACGGAGACCUACACAGCUUCCUUCUCUAUUCUCGACUUGGGGACCAGCCAGUGUUUCUGCCCACUCAGAUGCUGGUGAAGUUCAUGGCAGACAUUGCCAGUGGCAUGGAGUAUUUGAGUACCAAGAGAUUCAUACAUCGGGACCUGGCUGCUAGGAAUUGCAUGCUGAACGAGAACAUGUCCGUGUGUGUGGCGGACUUUGGACUCUCCAAGAAGAUCUACAAUGGCGACUACUACCGCCAGGGACGCAUUGCCAAGAUGCCAGUCAAGUGGAUCGCCAUCGAGAGCCUGGCUGACCGUGUCUACACCAGCAAGAGCGAUGUGUGGUCCUUUGGGGUGACAAUGUGGGAAAUCGCCACCCGGGGCCAGACCCCAUACCCCGGCGUGGAGAACAGUGAGAUUUACGACUACCUGCGCCAGGGAAACCGCCUGAAGCAGCCUGUGGACUGUCUGGAUGGACUGUAUGCCCUGAUGUCCCGGUGCUGGGAGCUAAACCCCCAGGACCGGCCAAGUUUUGCAGAGCUGCGGGAAGAUCUGGAGAACACGCUGAAGGCCCUGCCCACUGCCCAGGAGCCUGACGAAAUCCUCUAUGUCAACAUGGAUGAGGGUGGGAGUCACGCUGAACCACCUGGAGCUGCCGGAGGAGCUGACCUCCCAACUCAGCCCGAUCCUAAGGAUUCCUGCAGCUGCCUCACUGCAGCUGAGGUCCAUCCUGCUGGACGCUAUGUCCUCUGCCCUUCCACAGCCCCUGGCCCCACCCUGCCUGCUGACAGGGGCUCCCCCGCACCCCCAGGGCAGGAGGAUGGAGCCUGAGACAACCCUCCAACUGAGACUUUCUCUCAGGACCCAAGCUAGGCACUGCCACUGGGGGACCCCCCCACAUUCUCAUUCCAGGCCUUACUUCCACCUGAAGACCUCCUGUCCUGUCAGUUCCACUUCCACCCCACACAGAUCCUCUCCCUUUCCACACCUUGAGAGUUGGACUACAAUCCCUAAGGGUCCUCCUAGAUCUUACAUUCCAAGAUGCUGGCUUCUAAGGUUUAAAGAGUUUAGGUCCUAGGUUUCAAAGAUGCUAUGAGUCUGUGGUUCUAAGGACCAGAAAUUCCAAAGUCUUAAAUUCUAAAAUGCUAAGGUUCUAGACAUGGAAGUUCUAAGACCUCUCUUGUAAAGCUCUGAGAUCCUAUGGCACUAGACUUUUCUGGUUUUAAGAUUCUUGGUAAAACCUGUAAGUGUGGGGGUUUUAAAGUUCUAAGAUUCUAGGGCUAGGCACUAAGAACCUGCAAUGCUAGAUUUUAUUUUCCUUAGGGUAAAAGAUUUUAGAUUCUAAAAUUCUACAAUUCCAAACAUGGACGCUUUAAAUUCUACAAUUCUAAAAUGGAGGUUCUAAACUUUGAUGUUCUAAGCCUCUUAGAGUAUAAAUCCUUUGACUCUAGACUCUAGAGCACAAAGCUUCAAAAUAUUAUCUUUUCAAGUUCUAAGAUAAUAAUGAUGGUCAAUUAUAGGGUCUAAGGCUUUAUGAUCCUCGAAGCUCUUGUUAUGAGACUCUGGAUUCUAAAGGUCUAAGAUUCUAGAGUCUGCAAUUCAAAAGUUCUGAGAAUCUACAGAACUUAGAAAAGUUCUAAGGGGAUGUUCUAAGGCUUAAUCUAAGAACCUAGAGCCUCUGUGCCUAAGAUUCAAGAUCAUAUGCUUCCAAGUUCUAGAUUAUUAAACUGUAAGAUUCUAAUGUUCACUUCCAUAUUCUGAGGCAUUCCACAUUCUAUGGGUCCAAGAUUCUGGAUCCUCAGCAUCUAAGGGAUAAGACUCUACAGUUAGUUGUGACUAACGAGAUACCAAAGUUCUAAUCAUUUCUAAUGUUGGAUCCCUUUAGGUUCUAUGCUGCAUUUCACCUUUCUAUGAUUUUAGUUAAGGGUGCAAGAAUCCACAAUUCUAGAUCUUAAGAUUCUAAGCAUUCUAGUUUUAAAAUUCAAAUGCUGUAAGAUUUUAAAGGUCUAUAGGUCUAGAACUCCAAGUUCCCAAGGUUCUAACUUUAUAUUCUUCUGUGUGACCCUCCCCAAGCCACCUCUGCUUCCUCCUACCCUCAUGUGGGGGUGUGCUCCCCUGAAGCCUGUGCAAUGCAUUAGGGAUGUCUCCCUUCCCCAGGGGACAAUCUUUCUCCUUUUGGGCCAUGCUGCCCCCCUGAGCCAGUCCCUCAUACCCCAUGUACAGAGUGUGGACUCUGGUGCCUCCAAAGGGGCUUAGAUCACAUAAAACUUUGUAAACACA